AUGCCAAAAAGCUGUGUCGCCGUCGGUUGUACAAACCAUAACAUGAUGGAGAAGACUGGCUUGACCUUUCACAUUUUUCCAAAUAGAAUAAAGAAGAAGGAAAAAUGGGAGAAGUGGGUACAGGCAAUGAAGCGCGUGAACGAAGACGGUAGCACAUGGUGUCCUAAAGGAAAUUAUGUUUACAUAUGCUCUGAACACUUCAUAUCAGGUCGACCCUCCAGUGACCCAUGUCAUCCAGAUUUUGUACCAACUAUUUUCAAACAUAAAGAGAUUGACAUUCGAAAACGAAAAGAGAAAAUUCAAAGGUAUGAAAAUGCUAUCAAGCGAGCUAGAAGUAAGAUUCCCGAGUCAAAGGCUGAGCCUGAACAGGAAACAACGACUCCUGACGACGAAGCAGUUAUGGUACCCGAGAUGGCUGAAGGGCCUAGCACCAGCGAGAACCCAGUCGAAGAGGAAACCAUCGAUGAAAGAAGAGAAAUUGACUUUUUACAGUCUGAGAAAAGGUUUUUAAUGACCAAGAUUAGCUGUCUGGAGCAACAGGUAUUAUUGUCAACAUACAACCCAGAUGUUAUGAAAGACAACAACGAUGCCUCAAGAUAUUUAACUGGCCUUUCCUGGAGUAUAUUUCAAAUAGUGAAAGAUGCAAUUAUACCAUUUAUGCAUAAUCCAAGAAAGAAUCUGCCACAACAAAAUCAGAUCUUGAUGGUUUUAGUGCGCCUACGUCUCAACCUACCAUUUGAGUACCUUAGCAUGCAAACUGGCAUCUCCCAGAGUACCAUUCAUUCUUGGUUUCAGAAAAUAAUUGAUAUAAUGUACAGAAAACUGAAAUUCCUUAUUCAUUGGCCUGACAGAGAAUUCAUCAGACAGACACUCCCGCCAGUAUUUAGAGCCCAGUUUCCAAGACUAACAUCUAUUGUAGACUGCUUUGAAAUAUUCAUUGAGCGUCCUGCUAAUUUGAAAGCCAGAGCCCAAGUGUAUUCAAAUUAUAAGAAGCACAGCACCAUAAAAUUUUUCAUAUGCUGCAGCCCUCUAGGAGCAAUCACCUUCUUGUCACCUGCUUGGGGAGGAAGAGCCACUGACAACCAUAUUGUUCGUCAGUCAGGCUUCAUUCGUUCUAAAUACCAUGAAUUUGGUGACCAAAUACUGGCAGAUAGAGGGUUUACUUUGGUUGAUGACUUUGCAGUUGCCUGUCAAGCAGAGCUUGUUAUUCCUAGCUUCACAAAAGGGAAAAAGCAAUUAAGUGCAAAGGAGGUGGAAAAUACAAGAAAAAUUGCAAACAUAAGAAUUCAUAUCGAAAGGGUCAUUGGCAACUUGAAGAGGAGAUUUGGGAUAUUAUCUCAAGGGUCUCUUCCAAUUAGUUUGGUGAAAUCAAAAACUAAUGAGCUAAAUAAUGAUGACUAUCCAAAUAUUGAAAAAUUGAUAACAGUUUGUGCAUGUCUUAUUAACCUAGCACCCAGCAUUGUAUAUAAGGACAGUAGUAUUUAA